AUGACUCCAUCGCUCGUCGAAAACCUUACGAUAGCGAACAAGUAUGUUCAACAUGGCGACGUCAUUGACAUUGAUCAACCUGACGAAUCCUACACUACAACACUCAAGCGUUUUCUUUCCGUAAACGCAGUCCUGAGCACGGCGUCGUCAUUUGCUAUCCGUCAACAACAAGCUGCAGAGCGAGAUCUUCCGCUCGAAGUCAUUGGAGAAGGGUUCUGCGGUGUGAUCUAUGACUUCCCUAGCAGGGGACUCAUCAUCAAGGCCGGUAGGCCAAACAAGAAGCAAGAGAUGUGGGCUGAUCAUGUGGCUCAUAUCAAAAUGUGGGAAGCUUCGAAAACCACACACUCUUACGCCAUGCCAAGACCUGCAUAUAUCGUGCAAAUCGAGGACCUUCAAGCCUGGAAGAUUGCUCACCGCAAGGAGAUUAAGUCUCAUUCAAGAUUUUUCUUUGAUCCCAGCGCGAUCAUGGUGUCUGAACGCAUUCUCCCGCUACCUCGAAGCAUCCGUGAAGCGCUUGUGUCCAUCUUCUGUCCUUCCGACAUGAAAGCUCAUGCUUCAAACAAUCCAGCAAACAAGCAUUGCGUAAUCCGCGUUUACCUUGGACGCAGAUGCCUGAAUCAACGAGUCGAGGAUGAAUUCUCUUUGAGAAACUUUGAGCUCACGCUGGACAAGAUGGAAAUUUUGGGUGUAAACCCGCAACAAUACGUUCAACCAAUGGCUGAGGCUUUGGCUGUCAUGCACUGGUCUGCUCAGAUUGACGGUGCAGAUGUCGAAUUCGUUCUUGGCAGUUCUCCCGAGCGUCGCAUAUCUGCUCAAACCCUGGACUCGAUUGACCUUGAAGGGGAAAUCAUCACGACCUGGAACCUGGAUGAAUCGAAAUCAAGCGGCAUCAACUUUCUCCGACGCAGUGUGAGCAUCUUCUUGCUUGAUUUCAAUCAAUGUCGAAGACUGCCGCCCACCCCCAGAGGCAUUGAGAAUGCUGUAACAGCAUUCUGGGAAAACGACCCAUACUACCCAAAACCUGGUUAUAAGGAAGGAACCCCAGAGUGGAUUCUUUGGGACCAGUUCAAGAGCUUUUACUUAGCCAAGAGCUACAAGAUUUUGGACGACUCUGCUACAAUGCCCGCCGAGUUCCUCCGCGGAGUCGAAGAGCAUGGAGCUGCAGGAGCAAGGCAGUUAUUCAUGGGAGGUCCCCCCCCCCAAACUCUGCUACGGCUUCCUCGGAACUCAUCGCUGGUCCUCCAAGACCCAUGCCGGCUUCAUCUACCUCCGUAG